UCGCGUUUGUUGUUGUUAUUGUACUUUUGAAUUGCACUACUUUUAUAGACUUUUUACAAAUGCGUGUAUUUAAUUUUAUAUUUUAACAUAAGCGGAAAUAAAUAGUGAAUAAGUAUUUUUAGUUUUUUGGGAGCGUCUUUAAAGCAAUCAUGCAGGACGAACAUCGAGCUGCGAUCCAAAAAUGUUUCACCUCCUUGGUGGAACAGACGGACUUGGAAACAAUGGUUUCUGCUCUAUAUGAGAAAGGAGUAUUCUCCGAAGCCAUGAUAGAGCCUUACAAAGACACAAGCAAGGAGUCUAGACUGCGCAAGCGCCAACUCUACAUGGAUGUGAUGCGGCGCGGCCCUCACGCCUUCCGGCACCUGGUGGACGCAUUAAUGGAAACUGGGGCUUGGAUACUGGCCAGGGAAUUGGAUCCGGAGUCACUACCGAUGCGCAGGCCUGAACGCCUGGCUCCCAAUCCACGUCCUAAAUCAAAUGACAGCGAGUAUGUUAGUUUAAGUAAAGCAAAAAAAAUGGGAACAGGAGGAAACAACACAAAAACUGAAACAAAACCUAUACAGCCUCCGCCCAUACAGCCCCUGCCAACGUUGCCUACGACUCCAUUUGAGACCCCAGAUAUUCCUAAAAUCAAUGUCGUAAAGAGCACUAAGUUCAUGGAUGACAAUGGAAAAGAUAUAAAGCUGUACCCAACCCGUGGUCGCCGGCGUGGCGUCCUAGUAGUAUUCAGCUACAUUGAGUUCCGAGAGCACACAAUGGAGACAUAUCGCCGAGGAGUCGACGUGGACUGUCAGAUGUUGAAGAAUCUCUUCUCUGAAAUCGGCUUUGAGGUCAUCUCCUACCAGAACCUGACUAGAGAUGAAACCCUCGCUCAAAUGAAGAACCUGCCCCUUAAAGGUGCCGAAUGCGUCUUCAUAGUGAUCUCCUCCCACGGAUACGGGCGCGACGGAUCCUGGGACACAGACAUCCGGUGUUCGGACGGCGGGCUGAUAUCCGCGCACGCCGUGGUCGACCAUUUCAAUAAUCAGAACUGCCCAGUACUAAUUGGGAUACCGAAGGUGUUCAUUUUUCAAAUGUGCCGGGGCGAAAACCGGUAUUUAGAGCUCCAAGCGGAGCAAGAGGCGGCCACGGACGGCGCGCCGUACGGCUCGGAGGCGCCGCGCAGCUCGCCCGCGCCGCGCCGCCGCGACCGCGUCUACUCCGACAUACUCAUAGCGCACUCCACACUACCAGGAUUCGUAUCCCACCGCGACAUGGACAAAGGGUCAUGGUUCAUCCAAGCACUAUGCGAAGUGUUCGCAGCGAACGCUCACGAAUGUCACGUGGUCACACUGUUCACGCUUGUAGACAAGGCGUUACAGGAGCGGUUCCAUGUGCAAACCUCAGUCGUGGAAAACUGGGGAUUCAACUGCAAGUUAUAUUUGCACCCGGGACUUUUUGAAGACUAACGUGACAUGUGUUCACAGUCGUGAACAAGGCAUUAAAGGAGCGCUUUCGACUUUAGAGUGUUCUGACAUUGGUUGUCGAGAAGUACAUGCGAGACUUUUUGAGGACUAAUGUGACAAGUAGUGACAGUGUUCACAGUUGUGAACAAGGAAAUACAGGAGGGUUUUCGUGUUCAAACGUCGGUCGUCGAGAAUGGAGGGUUCAACUGCAAGUUAUAUCUACAUCCAGGACUUUUUGAAGGCUGAAGUGAGAAGUGUUCACAGUUGUGAAGAAGGCAUUUUCGUGUUCAGUGUUUAAACGUCAGUGGUCGAGAGCUGCAGGCGUAGCACACUAGUUCGAUAAACUUUAUCGCAUCGGUGCGUCUCUAUCGCACUUAAAUAGUGCGAGAAGGACAGCCUGGCAUUAUAUCGUUUAUGCAAGUUAUAUUUUGACUUUUUGAGGACUAAAGUGCAAGCGAUCACAGUUGUGAACAAGGCAUUAAAGGAGCGCUUUCGUGUUCAAAGUGUUCUAUCAUUGGACUGUUUGAAGACUAAAGUGAGAAAUAGUGACAGUAUUCACGGUUGUGAACAAGGCAUUACAGAAGUGCUUUCGUGUUUCUGUGCUUUGUGUGCUUUCUCAAAAAUGAUCGCGUGACGUAAAGGUAAUAUUCUGAGGAAAGUUCAUUUUAAACAAAGCCUCAGUUUCAGAUGGAGUUUCUAAGAACAAUCAAAUGGUUCAUGUUUUUUUUUGCUAGCUAUGUUAGCUAGUUUACUGAAUUUUACAUCGAAUUUUAGACCUAUUUUUAGACUUUAUACGUAAGCGAUUAGAACAAAUGAAUUAUUAUAGGAAAAUGUUACUUUAUUCUUCCAAAAUGUAUAGAUCUAUGUAUAAUCUAAUAGUGUAUUGUAAAGAACAAAACAUUGCCAACUAAGAUUAAUAAUUAGUUUGCCUUUGGCCAUGUAUUGUAAUAUCUCUAACCUGUGAUAGUAGUUAGUAAUAGUCGGUAUAAGUUUUGUUACCAUCGACUGUUGCGUUCCAUACAUAUAAUCAUUAUUUUUUUUACUUUUUAAAUGUUGUAAUAGAAAUAUGUGUCAACUCAACACACGUGCCAUACGUGAUCUAGACACCCUAUUUAAUACUGUAAAUAUUGUAAAACAUGGGGAGAAAAUAGAUUAGUUGAAAUUGACCGCCAGUCGAAAUUACCUCUCUGUACCUUAAUACCUACCUAUCAGCAGCGGCUGGUCCAUGCAAGCCGAACCCCACCGGCUUGCCUAAAAUUGAUUACUAGUUACUAGUAAAGUACCUAAUGUUAUGGUAGGUUUCUUUUUGCUCAGUGUUGCCUAGCAGAAAUUUUCACCAGCCGCCAUUGCUAACUAUUAUUUCUUACGAUAUAAAGUUAUUCAAAUUAGGCGAAUGCUAUUGUGUUAUAAUAUUUAAACUAUAA